AUGGCUUUUGCAAAACUUCUAUUAUGUUUCCUUUUCAAAUUAGUGCCAUUACUUUUUGUCCUUCAUCACGGCGCAAGUGCACAUGGCUUGAAAGUGGGGUUUUAUGCAAAGACAUGCCCCAGAGCAGAGGCCGUAGUUAAGGAGAUUAUGGUGGAAACUUUGAAAGUUGCACCUUCGCUUGCUGGUCCUUUGAAUAGGCUGCAUUUUCAUGAUUGUUUUGUCAGGGGUUGUGAAGGUUCAGUGUUGUUAAAUUCUCCAACUGGUCAAGCUGAGAAAAAUGCAGCUCCAAACUCAGGCCUCAGAGGAUUCCAAAUUAUUGACAAAGUCAAGACUGCCUUAGAGAAGGAGUGUCCAGGAGUUGUUUCGUGCGCCGACAUCUUGGCCAUAGUAGCCAGAGAUUCAGUGGUCGCAAUGUCUGGACCAUACUGGGAAGUUGAAACCGGAAGAAGAGAUGGAAGAGUUUCCAACAUAACAGAGGCCUUACAAAAUCUAUUAUCACCUUUAUCAAACAUUACCGUAUUGAAAGCAGGCUUUGCAAGAAGGGGAUUAAGCGUAAAAGACCUUGUGGUACUCUCAGGUGGACACACCAUUGGAACUUCACGCUGCUCUGCCUUCGGCAACCGUCUCUACAACUUCACCGGAAAGGGCGACACCGACCCGACGUUGGAUCCGGAGUACAUUGAGCAACUGAAGCUAAAAUGCAAGACAGGAGACCAAAAUUCGCAUGUGGAGAUGGACCCUGGAAGUUUCAAGAUCUUUGAUGUGAACUACUACACUCUUAUCAGCAAGAGAAGGGGCCUAUUCCAAUCGGACGCCGCUCUUCUCGACGACGCUGAGACAAGAGCUUACGUCCUUAGUCAUGCCAACACCUACGGGACAUCCUCUUUCUUCAAGGACUUUCGUGUUUCCAUGGUCAACAUGGGAAAGAUUGGAGCUCUUACCGGCACGGAAGGAGAAGUCAGGAAAGUCUGCACCAAGGUUAACUGA